GCGCAGGCCCCCAGAAACGGUUAGAUUUACAAUAGACUGUUGCUUACACUUACCCCAGAAGGGGGCGAAAAGCAGUUUUUGAACUGGUUUAAAGAGACUGUUCGAACUGGAGGAUGCUGUGGCCUGACAUUACAUCGCCGCAUACAUAAUUUAGAGGCGCAUAGGGUUUCGCGCGGUAGCCAUGGCGGCGCCCAUUGCGCAUUUCAACGAUGAGUGGCACGAUUUUAACGAGUUUAAGCCGGCUUCAGAGCACAUGAUGCGAGUAAAUCGAGUAAACUUGUUCGUGGAAGAGGUGACAGGCGCUCUGGAGGAUAACCCUGAGCUCAAAAACAGCUUCUCGGAAGAAUUUGGCAGCUUCAAGUCCAUGGAAGAUCAGGUGAACGAUUUCGACGAGAAGUUGACGGCGUGCUUCCAAAAUUUUAACUCCGAAAGAGAAAACAUUGCCCCUUUGAAAAAUAUUACCGAGGAUACAACAUUGAAGAACGACAAGAUCUGGAAUGCUCUCACAAAUAAUUUUGGCAAUGUCGUGGCAGUGGACUGGAAACAGUCUCGAACCCGGUCCCUCCAUCUCCCUAAACUAAAUCUCAAAGACAAUCCAAGGGCGGAUGAUGUAACGUUUGAGCUGUCUGAUGAGGAGGAGCUGAGGGAACAGAUGGACAUGCACACCAUCAUCGUCUCCUGCCUCAACAACGAACCCCUCUUCACUGCAGAACAGGUGAUUGAGGAGAUAGAGGAAAUGAUGCAAGACUCUCCUGACCUGGAAGCAGAGCAAAACCACCUGUCUCCAUUAGAUUUCUCCAUGCUCACACUGGACAUCCAGCGCUCCAACCCCAACCAUUGCUCUGAAGCACGAGUGAGGAGCCUCAGUGUAGCAGAGCUGAAUGAGCUGCUAGAGGAGGUGGAGAUGGCCAUCCGAAGUUACAGUGAGGAGCUGAUACAACAGCUGGCCCUAAGGGAUGAGCUGGAGUUUGAGAAGGAGGUGAAGAACAGCUUCAUCUCUGUCCUGAUAGAUGUACAGAACCGACAGAAGGAACACAGGGAACUACUUAAGAAAAAGAAGAAACUAAAGAGCGGGAUGGGAACCCUGCAGGGCCGACAAGAGAGAACACAAGCACUCGGAUCUAGAUUCAGCAUGGAGGGAAUCUCCAGUGCAAUUCAAAAUGGCUUCCGGCAAACUUUUGGAAGUGGUGGCACAGAAAGACAGUAUCUGACUACGAUUAUCCCGUAUGAGAAAAAAGGAGGUACUCCAUCGUUGGAAGAUCUUCAGAUUCUUACCAAAAUCCUUCAGGCUAUGAAAGAUGACAGUGACAAGGUGCCCAACCUCUUGACAGACUACAUUCUCAAAGCUCUGGUGUGAGCCAUGGACUGAGUGCUUUGCCCAACAUAGACUGGAAGGACAAUACCUGCAUCGAGCUGUCAUGUCAACAAGCAAAAUGAAGAGGACUCUCACUGUGGAUUUUAUUUUUUAUAAGCACACUUAAUUUAUUCUUUGUUGCAUAAUGUUUUACCUCAAGUUGCUCCUUUUUAUCAGAACCCCUUUGUUGAUGUUUAUAACUUAUUCAGUAUUGUCUGUUUGUUGAGCAUGGUGAUUUUACAAUCCUUGUGGUAUUUGGCAAUUUAUAAUUUUUUUACUUUAAGUGCAGUGUUCAUUCAUUGUGUCAAAGUCAUAGGAAAAUACAUUUUAGUGCAGCAUCUACAUAAUGUGGCUGAUAGGGUGCUUUACUGACUUUGGCCCUGAGAUGAUGAAAGCUACAGUAUUCAUAUCCAAAGGGUUGUCUUGAACAGAUAAACGCCCCCUAUAAGCAGUGGCAAUAUCACGGAAAGGAGAAAGUUUAGGUUGGUCAAAAUAUGAUAAAAUACACUUAAUUGAACUAACAUUAUUCUGUACAACAAUAUUUUUUACUUGUAGCUAAGUUGUAGCUACCAUUGUUGUUUGAAGGAACUAGAAAGAGAACAGAACUAUAAUAAUUGCUUAGCACAGAUGUGACGACUAGCUAUGCAUGAGUGAAUAAUCACAUUUUAACUGGGUCUCAGAUACUCAGUUGAGCCCUGAAUUGUCAUACAGCCCAGAUCUGGCCUGACUGUACUCUACAACACAGGAGUACACUCUAGCUACAAAUAUGGGCAUUCUUAUAUUUAAAUAAACAAGAAAUGUAGCUGC